AUGGCUGCUAAACCCGCAGCAGCGUCGCCAGAGAGCUCGGCGACGGCAGCACUAGCCCAGCACCCACCGAACAUCUCAUUAUCCUCACACGUCUUAUCCUCUGCGCUCAAGUUUCCUUCUGAACCUGUUAUUGCGUAUGCGAUAUAUUCUACAUCUGGGCUAUCGACUGUGCACUCUGAGAACGUAGAACUGGCGAGGCGGGAGGUUCUGAGACGGAGGACGACCGCAACACCCAAUACGAAGCAUGGGAUUCUCGAGAGUCUGCUGGCGAGCGUUUUGGUGGAGAGGGAGACGUUGCACCUCUACGUGUUUGGCGUCUCCUCGGUAGGGGAGACUAUGCAAUGGUCAGAAACGCUGAAAGCACUGAAUUUUGACGGAUUGACUCUGUCGAAAGUCUCGUCAUUCUCCCCGGCCGACCUAUAUCCAUGCUCUCCCGAAUGCGCUUCCCUGGACUCGGCCUGCAACCACUGCAUAGACCCAUCAGUCAAACUCGAAACUCUUCACUGGAAAUCCGAAGCUCGAUAUCCUCCCUCCCUGCGGCACCUGCCCCGCGAACCUCUUAGACGCCCCUAUGCCCAGUUCCUGCAGGCGGUACGAGAACGACUGACGGACGAUAUGUGCGAGUCGUCGAAGGAUGGGCGAAGGUUACGAAGACUGAAGGACGGGUUCCUCAUAUUUCCACCCUCGGACGUGUCGGAUUGGGGACUAGGCUGGGAACAUCAUUCGCGGAAUAGACCUCUUAUACAUUGUUACCUCCAUCUCUUCUCAACACCAACCCGGAUUCUCAUUCAACCCAUAUUUCGACCAUCAUACUUUCUGCCAAUUUUGCCCUCGCUACCCCUACCCGCAGGCACACCGGUCACUCUCCUACCCUACGGAACGCCCGCCUACUAUCUCACAACAUAUGCCGGCCCUACCUCUGCCUUGACUGCCCAAUUCUCGCAGUCUCUCGCGGGCCUUGGUUGCUCGGAUUGGCAUAUCGAGUAUUCUCCUCGUCCGCCGCACAAUCGCGACCCAGACGCGUCAUCAUCUACUAAAGGCCCGACCUAUAUCAUUGCUUGGAUUAACGUUCAAAACAAACAAGGAGAGGAGAAGGGUCUGACAGUCAUAUGGCCCGCCAGCCUCACGCUUACUUUCGUUCCGUCAUCGCCAUCCCCGCAUGCUCGUCAAUCAUUAACGAUUAUUCCUCAAUUACCUGCUCAGCUUCAACCUUCACCACCUGCUGCUCCUCAUCCCAUUCCCUCCAACUUCUCCUCCCUCGCAUCUCAUGGGCAUCCUGGAUCAUCCACCAGCGCACAUCCAUCUCCCACCACCUCCACAUUCUCCGCAUAUACUCCUCCCGCCGUAAAUCCCCUCCCACCAGCACUCAGCCGUUCCCGCUCAACGCCUGCUGCCAGCUUGCGUGCUAUCGCACUGGGAAAGAGUCUAGACCUGGAUGUCGUCGCGACUGAAGCGGCGGGUUAUGUCGACUCUAUGGUCAAAAAUCGGGAACGGGUGAGAGAAAGAAUGAGGAAACAACAAGAUAGUGCCACUCUCGCUUCGCCUGUCCCAGCGCUCGCAUCCGUACCCGUUCCCACUCCCGGACCGAGCAGAACUGAGCAGAGCACAGUACGGCCUCCUAUCACGGUCUCCACGACGCCUGUGCCCGCCAGUGUGGGCAGCACGAUGACUCUGGGGAGCUCACCGCUUGCCGGCCCGAGCUCGCAACCUCACGUCGUGACGCCUCAACAAUCGCAUCCGCUAGCCAUUAAUCCGCACCAGGGAACCUUCCAUUCAUCUUCCACGGGGAACAUCUCUGCAUCACAAUCUGCUCCAGCCGCCACAGCGUCUACAUUCGAUGCAUCAGGCCCAGUCAGCGCAUCCGCGUCUCUCCCUAUCAAUAUGGCCGACUCUAGUACCGCCGGCGACGUCGACAUCAAGCCAUCCGUUGCUGGUCCCUCGACGAUCCCAAAUACGUUCGACUUGUACGAUACGUACGCGGACUGGCCAGUAGCUGCGACCACGUCUUCAUGGCCCCAGCCCACUUCCUCCGGUUUCAUGGGUAUGGACAUCGACGGUAUAAGCGGGAAUACCAUGCCCUUCAGUUCGGAUAUAAGCAUGAAUUCCAUGGCGGGCGGCGGCUGGGGCACAGGUGCUGGCGAUACAGGCCCAGGCGGCGGUGCGGCUGGCGUCGGCGUUGGUAUGGACAUGGACACAGACAUGGACGACAUCUUCACCGACGCCGACUUUGAUUUCUUCGACGCGAAGCCAGCUGUCUCCGGUCCGAUUGCUACACCUGGUCUAUCGACGGGUUUGACACCCAAUGCUGGACCUGCAUCUAUGGGUUUAGAUAUUGGGAUGUCGCCUUCGUUUUUUGGCGAUACGACGCACCUUCCGGGUCCGGGUCCGCCUUCUGGGACGACUCCAGCGCAAUCCCAGACUUCGCCUUGGGUUCCUGGUGCAUUGGCGGAGAGUUUCGCGACACCACAUGCGGACGGGAAUUUAGGUGCCGACGGUGUCACAUCAGUACCAGACCUUAUCCCGACUUCGCCUACCAAGACGCCUUCUACAUACUCCGCGCCUACCACCCCCGCUGUACACAUUUUGCCCGAAGCAGAAGUCAAGAUCGUCGGUUCUAAACCAGAUUUAUUUCGAAGAGGUAGCGCGUUCGAUGCGAUUCCAUUCGCCGCGGUGCAUAAGCUGGCAGAUGGGAAGUACACGGCUGGCAAGUUCGCAAUGUCCAGCCCACCGCCCGAGGACGAUAAAGCGUACACAUUCCCGAUCCACAAUUUAUCGAGAAGUGUCCCUUCGAAAAUACAUCUCCCGCCUGUGCAUAGAUCGUUAUCGGGAUGGGCGAGGAAGUACGCCGAUGCUACGGAUCCUCGAGUCGGGCUCGUGAAGAAGUUGGUAGGGGUUCGACGCAAGAGUACAGACGAAGCACCACGGCGUACCAAGCUCUCACCGUUCACAUCUUGCGCUGACGAGGAAUGGGAAGCCGAUAUUUUACGGACUCCGGCAGAUCAGGACGCGGAAAUGGACGAUGGUGAUGACGACGAUUCUGAUUCAGAAGACAACUCGGAUGAACAGCAAUGGGGUGAAGAUGAGGAAACGCUACCGGGUACUAGACCUUCCACACCCGCACCUUCAUACUUGCCCUUAGGCCCCACCCUCCUCCACACAUACUUCAAUCACUCUGAGCUCCUGAGCCUCAGCUCGCCACUGAAGACGCCCGGUUCCGCCGUUUCUCCUCCUGCUCACCUCACAGCCGGUUCUGGGCCCAUGUCUGUUCCAACGCCAGUUUCCCCUGCCGCCGUGCUCGGUGCGGCAAGCGAGAAGUCGAAGUCGCUGGAAGCAGCUGCUGGGAUACUAGCGAGGGAGGCGGUAGAGAGUAGUGUCUGGGAUGCUGAGUGGCGUUCGAAUGCCACAGGACAUGAUCAAUUAAAUUCAACCAACCGUAACACGAAAUCACCUGUGGCGGCAGAGGUGUGGCAAUCAGACAUCAAGCGCGUCCUUGCCGCUUUUCGUUCCGUCCCCAACCUCGAAGCACCCCUCGACCUCAAAACCGUCUUCCGAGAUUCCGCAUCAGCAUUCUCAGCCUCUUCGCUAUCUUCGUCGCAGUCCUCUCAGUCCUCCACUAAAUCGAGAGAUGGACCUAGCACGCCUUAUCUCGAGGCACUAGAGCCCACAAUGCUGUCCGUCGGGAAGGGGGGCCAGAUCACACAAGUCCUUCCUACGGCUCUCAAGUUCUGGGAGAAGCUUGGAUUAGAACCUAGAAGUGGGAAGAAGGACGUUGUGGCUUUUGUGUUUUAUGAGGAUGAUGAUGAUGGAACGCAGGAGAUGGAGGAUGGGGAGGCAAGAAUGAGUGAGAUGCAGGCGAUGGCGGAGGAAUGGUUGAAGUGGAUGGGGAAAGCGUAUGUGGCCAAGAAUAUGGGAUCACAUGCUGCGGGUCGUGCAAAGACCUGCGUCAAGGAUGGGCUUGUACCCGUCAAGUUUGAGACCUUUCGCAGGACAUUGACUGACUUCGUGAAGGAGCUCCCUGCCCCUACGGCCAAUUACGUCUUCUACAUCGCUAUACCGUCCUCCAUCAUAUCCAUGUCAUCCCCGGUUCUUCGUCAAGUCCUGUCGGCUGUCAAACGUGCCCAGAAGAUCUACUCCGAAGCUCAAAUCCUCUUUCAGUUUCUACCAGCCCACCUCAUACAAACGCUGCAGUACCCACAAGGCCUUCACAGCGGUCCAUCACCGUUCGUCCUAAGCAUCUACGACCGCAUCCUGCGUCCAGUCGACCGCGUCAUGUCCCGGCGCUUCUUCGAACAUGGAGAGCGUACUCGCAGCUACUUUCAAGACCCGGCAUUCCUUAUUGGACGCUCCUCUCAACGCAAAGUCCAUCUCACGCGAGAACCUCAUCCCCGUGUACUAGAUGUCUUGGAACGGCAUACAUUUAUGCACUUGGGCUACCGGAUAUCCUCUUGCGGAAAGUGGAUAUUCGCCGCUUGUGUCGAUGAACGGGGCGAGGCGCAUGAUUUGGGUGUAUGGCUCGCGCAGAAGGAGAAUUUGGAAGCACAUUUGGUACUCCAGCUAUGGGCCUUUGCGAUGGGCUUUGCGAAGAAGGCGAGUGUGGAGUGGAGGAUUGUGAUCUCAAAGCUUGGCUCAAUGUCGGCUUAUGAGUUGGAUGCUUGGGUCAACCAUCUUGAGACCGUCAUCCCAGAUGGUCAAGAGCUACCCAUGGUUCACGUUUCGCUUCUCUCCGUCGAACCAGAUGCCCCCUGGACGUUCAUUGCCCCACAUCACGCUUCCAAACGUCCCACUUCACCACACCGACCCUCUAAAUCAGCAGCCAACAACUCCGUCUUUGUCGACAACUCUUCCUCCAACCACCGCCUCACACAUCGUUCGCAGAUGACCCUUCUACCGUCUUCGCCACAGGACUUCGCUUCUCAACUUCCAUAUAUUCCUGACCCCGGAGAUCUUUCCCCCCUUCCAUCCUCAGCACUUUCACCAUCACCUUCCCUGUCUAAUUCGAUCUCGCUUUUCACGCCCUCUCCGACAUCGGCAUGGCUCACUGGUCUCCCUCUGCGACCUCUGCGUACGACGACCGUCAUACAUGCUCCUUGUACACCCGAUCAUACAUCAAUAUCUAUGCUCCAUGUCCAUCUCCUCCAUACGAUCAAGUCUGCCGAGUCCACUAUAAGUGAUGAGGAAGAGGAGAACACGCCGGGUGAGGUCGUCGCCAACUUCCACGAGUUGUGUUUACUAGGGAGAGAAAGGUGGGGCUUGGGGGUGCGGAGUGGUGCGGAUGGGAGUGCGAAGGAGAUGUUGCCGUGUCAUUUAGGUGCUUUGGAGGUCAUGGAUGCAGUGCUGAGUGGGGGGUCCGAUGUAGACGGGAGUGGGCCGAAUGGGUCAUGAGUAUCAUUAGCUGUCAAUAAUUGGUUUUCAAUCCUCGCACUUCGUCUUCUGUUUUCCUUUUUCGGUCUGUAUUCAUCUCUGUAACUAUCCUUUCCUAUCCUUUUCUCACUGGUGCUCUGUUUGAUUGGUUAUGUUCAUCUCGCAUCAUAGUCAUGUCAUGUCUGUAUACAUAUUUGUCCUCAUCCUUUUCUCCACCUCUACAGCAGUUUCAAUAUUCCCUCACAAUCAUUCUCUCAUUUCAUGGUCACCACAUAGUACUCUACCAACUUGGUUCGCGGAGUGGAUUUCGCAUUGUCUUUUUGCCAUCUGUCUGUCUGUCUGUCUCAUGUUCUCAUUGUCGCCGAUUUAACUAUAUAAUAUCCGAGUCUCCAGUCAUUUAUUGUGCCAUUUCGCUAGACG